AUGAAUUGCAAAUCCGGACCUCUGGGGCCAAUAUUCGCCGUGGAGGGCAGGGGUCUCAGGCCCCGCUCGCCCGCUGCUGCCGGUCCUUGCCACCCUCCCGUGGCCGGGAAACAAGCCGUCAGGGAGAGCGCAAGCGCCUCGAGGCCCUCGGGGACCUGCUCCCGGCCUUUGGCCCCGAGGGCUGGGGUCGGCGUGGGGCGAGGGUGUCGAGGCCAGCCCUGCCUCCUGGCUCGCGGCGCUCGACGGGCUCCGCACCCGAAAGUGCUGCGGGAGGCGAGGCCGCGGCAGGCACCUGGCCUUGCGCUGGCCCCAGCGGCUCGCGGGAACCCCGGGGGAGCUCCGCGCCGUCCCGCCGUCCCGCCAGGGCCCGCGCUCGGCAGCCGCCUCGGUGCUGGCGGAGGGCGAUAUGGCCACGGGGCGCGGGCGUGGUCUGAGCCAGCGCUGGUCCUCCCGGGCGGCGCCCGCCACACACCAGGUCUCAAGAGCCUCUGGGAGGAAACCCCGUUACCGCUUCUCGGGCUGGACUCCAACCGGGGCCCACCACGGCAGACCCCGCCCAGCAGACCCCGCCCACGGCAGACCCCCGCCCAGCAGACCCCGCCCAUGGCAGACCCCGCCCACGGCAGACCCCCGCCCAGCAGACCCCGCCCACGGCAGACCCCGCCCACGGCAGACCCCGCCCAGCAGACCCCGCCCACGGCAGGCCCCGCCCAGCAGACCCCGCCCAUGGCAGACCCCGCCCACGGCAGACCCCGCCCUGCAGACCCCACCCACAGCAGACCCCGCCCAUGGCAGACCCCGCCCACGGCAGACCCCGCCCAGAAGACCCCGCCCAUGGCAGACCCCGCCCUGCAGACCCCACCCAGGGCAGACCCCGCCCAUGACAGAUCCCGCCCAUAG